UUGUCAUUUAACAUGAAAAAAGUUUAUUUUGACAAUGACAUGACUCUAAUAUGUUCUUUUACAAAAGUGCUUUUGCGAAGCAAACAUGGCACCAACGGCAAAACCAAGUAAACCUGAUCAGAAAGCUAAAUCCACUGAAAAGCCAAAAGCUGGUGGCGAUAAAACUGCUAAAGGAAAAGUAGAAAAACCCAAAGCAGAGGCCAAACCAACUCCAGCUGCUAAGGAAGCAAAAAAAGCAACUGCCACAGCGGCGGUAAAAACAGCAGCUGCAGCAACAAAGGCAGCUCCUAAAGAUUCUAAAGCUGCUCCAGCUCCAAAACAAGCACCAGCUAAAGACGCAAAGAAAGCUGCUCCAGCUGCCAAAAAAGAUGCAGCUCCCGCUAAAGAUGCUAAAAAUGCAAAAGCAGCACCAGAACAAAAGAAAGCAGCUCCAGCAAAAGUAGCUGCAGCCAAACCAGCGCCAGCGAAAACUGCAGCCCCUGCAAAGAAGGAAGCUCCAAAACCUGCUCAACCUGCGCCAGCUGCUGAUGCACCGAAGAAAGAAGAGAAACCAAAAGCAGAUAAACCCCACAAAGCCGUCGCUCCAAAACCAGCUGCCGCCAAACCUGCUAGGAAAGGUGUUGUAGCUGCUGCAGCAGCUGCCGCAGGCAAAGGGCGUGUUGUUAAAAAAAAUGUUCUUCGCGGGAAAGGACUUAAGAAAAAGAAAGUUAAUUUAAGAUUCGGCAUUGAUUGCACUAAUAUCGUUGAAGAUAAUAUUAUGGAUGUCGCUGAUUUUGAAAAAUAUUUAAAAAGUCGUAUAAAGGUUAAUGGCAAAGUGAACAAUCUUGGAAACAAUGUGAAUUUAGAAAGGCAGAAGAUGAAAGUUUAUGUUAAUUCUGAUGUUCAUUUUUCAAAACGUUACCUAAAAUAUUUAACAAAGAAAUAUCUUAAGAAAAAUAGUUUGCGUGAUUGGAUUCGAGUUGUAGCAAAUGAAAAAGACAGUUACGAACUUCGCUACUUCAGAAUAAGUUCAAAUGAUGAUGAUGAAGAAGAUGCAGAAUAAGUUAAUUUUUUAGGCAUCAAAAAUUUUCAAAUAUGACAAAACAUUAAAUGUCAAUAAAUUUGAAAUUUCUAUAAACAAAAAA